AUGAUUACACUGAAAUCUACUCUAACGCCGAUCGAAAUAUUACUUCAAACUAUUCUGUACAGAUAUUUCCAAUCUUCAUACUGCAUCGCUUUUGUUUCUAGUGAAUCGUUACGAUUUGAUUAUAACAAAACUUUUGUUUAUAUUGAUUCGGAAGAAAGAAAUAUAACUGACAAUUUGCUUGAAGUUUCCGAAAUAGGAUGUUUAGAUUACAUAGUAAGAGUAAAAAAUCCCAUGGAUUUUAUAAAAGCCUUCGAUAAAGUAGUUCAUUUUGGUAAUACUCGGAAAAGUGACAGAAAAAUCGUAUAUUUACCUGGAUCUUAUGACGAUGACGUAACUGGGAAAUUGUUGAAGGUUUUAUCGGUGAAGGAAACUUCUUUUGUACCAAAUGUUCUGAUAAUAGCACCAUCUUUUAACCGGUCAUGCGAAUCUUAUGAUUUGAUAACGCACAAAUACGUCGGACUGUCAAACCACAGUCAUCCUUUCUAUUUAGAUACAUGGAAUUCUUGCACUAAACAAUUUUAUAAAAAUAGUAAUUUAUUCCCUCAUGACAUGUCAAAUAUGUUUGGAAAGGUAGUCAAAGUGGCUUGUUUUACUUACAAGCCUUAUGUUUUAUUGGAUUUAAAUACAACGAUAGUUCCCUUCGGUCGAGAUGGAAUGGAAGUAAGGAUUAUUGAGGAAUUUUGCCGAUGGAUAAACUGCUCAGUGGAUAUAAUAAGAGACGAUGAGCACCAGUGGGGUGAGAUCUACGAGAACAUGACCGGUGUCGGUGUACUCGGCAGCUUGGUAGAAGACCGAGCGGAUCUCGGAAUAACGGCUUUAUACUCCUGGUAUGAAGAAUAUUUAGUGCUCGAUUUAUCAGCUCCUUGUAUAAGAACUGGCAUCACAUGCAUUGCUCCGGCACCAAGGUUGCUGGUCAGCUGGGAAACUCCUUUCUUGCCAUUCACCUUGUACAUGUGGAUUGCAAUAUUUUUCACGUUUCUAUACGCCUCUAUUGCUCUGAUUAUUGCGCAAGGAGGCUCGACUAAAAAGGUUUUUCUGACCACAUUUGGUAUGAUGAUAACGCAGUCACAAAGUGAAGUCGGCGGGACGUGGAAGAUUCGUAGGAUAACUGGAUGGCUACUGAUCACUGGCUUGGUACUGGACAAUGCGUACGGAGGUGGCUUGGCAUCUACUUUCACCGUUCCCAAGUACGAAAAAUCAAUUGAUACAAUACAAGACAUCGUGGAUAAGAAGAUGGAAUGGGGGGCAACGCACGACGCUUGGAUAUUCUCGUUGGCGAUGUCCCAAGAGCCACUAAUUAAACAAUUGGUAGAUCAAUUUAAAACGUUUUCGUUUGAAGAACUGGAGCGAAAGAGCUUGUCCAGAAGUAUGGCGUUUAGUAUAGAGAAACUGCCUGCAGGUUACUACGCUAUUGGUGAAUACAUAACGGAGGAAGCUGUAUUGGAUUUUACAAUAAUGCUGGAGGAUUUUUACUACGAGCAAUGCGUCGUUAUGCUGCGGAAAAGUUCCGCCUACACAGACAAAAUUAAUGCAUUGGUAGGAAGGCUUCAUGAAUCCGGACUUUUGCUUGCAUGGGAGACACAGGUAGCGUUGCAACAUUUGAAUUAUCAAGUUCAACUAGAAGUUAAAUUGUCUCGUUCUAAAAAGGAUGUUGAAAAGAUUGAACCACUUGCUUUACGUCAUGUUUUAGGGGUGUUCAUAUUAUAUGGUCUUGGAAUAAUUAUCUCCAUUGCGAUUUUCAUUUUAGAAAUAAUAGUUCAUAAUAAUACGAAAUAA